AUGUCCGCCGUGGUUACCCGCAAGCGCAGUCGCUCUCAGUCUGCGGAGAAGACGCUGGAGCGGCGGGAGGCGGCCCCGGUUCCGCGGCUUGAGACGUCCAUUGAGGAGGAGGAGAAGUCCGCCAUCCGGCAAUUAGUGACGUCCGUCCUGCAGGACUGGCGGGGUGCACAGAAGCUCCUAAACGAGGAUAUUAUCCGCACCGUUCUGCGUCGUGUGCGGCCAGUGCUGAUGUCGCAACCGAUGAUGGUGAGACUUGAGGCCCCAGUUAACGUCUGUGGGGACAUCCACGGCCAGAUCAACGAUCUCGUAGAGAUAUUCCGAGCCGGGGGAAUGCCGCCCACGUCGCGCUACCUGUUCCUUGGCGACUAUGUGGAUCGUGGCAAGUACGGCACAGAGGUGAUCAGCGUGUUACUCGGUCUGAAGGUUCUCCACCCUGACAAGAUGUACGUUCUCCGUGGCAACCACGAGUCCGAGAGCAUCUGUAGAAUAUAUGGCUUUUUUGACGAGGUGAAGCGCCGAUUCUCCGUGAAGCUUUUCAAGGAGUUCACAGACGUCUUUAACUGUCUUCCCAUCGCCGCACUCAUUGAGGAGAUUGCGCUCUGCAUGCACGGUGGCUUGAGCCCAGAGCUACGAAACCUCAAUCAGAUCAACCAGAUCCGCCGUCCGCUGGUGGUGCCGGACGCGGGUUUAGCCUGCGACAUUUUAUGGUCAGACCCCGAAGAGAAUAGCUGCGGAUGGAUGCAGAGCCAGCGCGGCGUCAGCUACACGUUCGGCGAGGACGUCGUGCGACGGGCCUGCGAGAACCUUAAAAUUGACGUUGUGCUGCGGGCCCACCAGGUGGUCGAUAACGGUUACGCCUUUUUUGCGGAAAGGCGGUUGGUGACGAUAUUUAGCGCAUCGAACUACUGCGGCGAGUUUACGAACAGUGGGGCGAUGUUGAUGAUGGAUGAGAACUGCAAGUGUAGCUUCCAGGUCUUCAAGCCGCAGUACUAA